UCUGGGUGAUGUAAUGUUCUCAAGUUGCAGCAACACCCACAUGACUGCAAUACUGAGGCUGGAGCAAAGUUCUACCUGUAAAGCCGGUCAUUUCAUGCAACUGAGUCCACUCCAAAUCCUCCUUAUGGCAUGAAAGGAGAUAGUCUGGAUGGGCUACUCAAGAAGUGAGGUGUCGGUUCCUUCUUAUACGUUGAAUGGAUUCAGCGAAUCUAUACUGUCGCUGCUGUUCCUGUUUGCAACAACUAGACAGUGCCAGCUGCUGUGGGCCAAUGAUCCUAUGUGAACACCUUUAAUAUAAAGGAGGACUCCUCUUAGAGCUGUCUAAAGGGAUCACCAAAUACUUUCAGGACAUGUGCAUGAAGAUGAGGAGACAUCCUGAGUAACUAAUGAAGCAGGCAAGGGAGAGCAAUUUAUCGCCUGCGUCCAAGGCAAAGAGUGUGUCUGUUUCAGGAUUCCACCCGAACACCUUGUGUCUGCCGCUUCAGUCACCAUCUACCUCAGUAGAAGCAGAUGAAUACUCCACUCCAGCAGUGAUGGGCCAGUCUGCAGUGCAUCCAGGACGACCCUCGAACAAUCCAGAAGCCAUCAAAGAGAUCCUGAUCUCAGCACUGGGCACCUUUGAUGGCUUCAAGCCUCCUUCCACAGAGAGCUGUGUGGCUGUUACAAGGCUUUCUUCACUGACUGAGCCUCAAGAUGGAGCUCCGAAGUGUCUUUGGGACAACGGUCAUGAUAAAGAUGGUGAAGAACGGCGGCACAGCGUUGAGAUUGCUAUGACGACCCCCCAAGAUGGCUCGUACAGCAGCAGCUCAUCGAGUGCCUCUCCUGAGAAGUCCUCAAGUCAUGUUAUAUUCAACCCCCUCAGCAAACUCCUAACCUCGGUACAGGCUGCAGCUUCCAGAUGCAGGAGCUUUUCGGGACCUCCACCCACAGUGUGUAAGGCUGCGGUAUCCUAUUACCAAUGCCCUCAGUCUGACUCCAGCAUCCAUCCAGAGAAAGCACAACAUUGGCCAAAUAACAGACCGGAGACAAUUGUGUACACGAGUUAUCUCUCCAGUCCUAGUUUCAGCGCAAAUAGGGCUCAGGAAAGGGAGAACACUCACCUGGUCGUUGCUGACAUGGUGAUUGCUGCACUGGAGAAUGUGAAAAGUAAUAUGUAUGAACAGGCAGAGCUACUGGAAGACUGCAACCUGGCAAUUGCACAAACCCAAGUCGAUGAGAUAAACACUUACAUUCAGAAAGCAGUCCAUUCCAAUUCCAUGAACUCUGUGGAUAGUGGUUAUGAAUGUCAAGAGGGCAUGGUUGGAUUUCUUGGCACUGCCCGCUUAGCCAUCCAAGCCCCGAUGCUCUCCAAGUCUUGCUGCAUGCGAAUGUGGACUGGUUCAGGACCUGAGGAGUCACAAAUAGUGCUGAAAUGUUUGAGAUUGUGGUUCUGCUACCAGUUGGAUGAUUGCUCGGAUGCUGGCACCAAGUCUCUGCUGGAAGACAAACAAAAUGGUGAUGCUGUUGGUGCUGAUGACGAUGAUUAUGAAGAUUUUGUGAUAAUAGAAUUUGAUGACCUUAUUUUUGGUUCCGAUGGCCCCUUAAAAUCGAUAGAAAGGCACUGUUUAUCUGCUGAAUAUUUGGCUCGCCGACUGUUUAAAUCUUUCAGAGUGACCUGGCUGCCCCCAGAGACUGAAAUGCAUCACUUUGACGCUGUGGAGAAAGUGCUUGAUGAAUUUCUCCCUCUGAAGGACACUUUGCCUGGUGCAGAGGAAUCUGUAGAUUUGACACCAGAGUUCAAGUUAAAUUCCCGAUUGAGGGGAACUGCAGACUGGGCGCCACCUCGCUUUCAAAUUCUGUUCUUCAUCCAUGCACCACAAAGGAGAGAAACUGUUGUAGCUGCUCAGAAUUCCAUGUGUGCAGGUUGUGGAACUCCAAUUGAGCACAAAUACAUCAAAAAGCUCCGCUACUGUGACUACUUGGGAAAGUAUUUCUGUGAGUGCUGUCACCAUAAUGAGGAAUCCCCAAUCCCUGGCCGAAUCCUAAUGAAGUGGGAUUUCAGUAAGCAUCCGGUUUGCCAUUUCUCCAAACAACUGCUGGAAAGUAUAUGGCAUGACCCACUGUUCAACAUCUUCUACAUCAACAAGUCCCUCUACAGCAAAGUAAAGGAAUUGAGAAAAGCCAAGGAAAUUCAAGAACAGUUGAUACACGUCAAAAAGCUGCUAAGAACCUGCAGAUUGGCUGAAAGCGCCCUGAUGGAGUUCUGUAGGAUACAUUCCCACCUGACUGAGGAGCUACACCUUUAUUCAUUGAAUGAUCUGCUGAUGAUGAAGCAAGGUCUGCUGGUUUCAGGCCUGAAAGAUGCCCUCAAGAAUGCCCUCGCUCAUGUGGAAAGUUGCGAGUUGUGUCUGGCCAAGGGCUUCAUCUGUGAGUUUUGCAAGAGUAGAGAUAUUCUCUUCCCCUUUCAGACAGACCAAUGCAGACGAUGUGGUGAAUGCAAGACGUGCUUUCAUAAAGAGUGCUUCAAAACUGAACAAUGUCCAAAGUGUAUAAGGGUUCGUGCACGGAAAGAACUACUCCUGGCUUUCCAGCAGCCAGCAAGCUAAGUGAUGCAUUGGGCAUUACAGUGGAAAUCCUCUGGAAAUGAGUCGAUUUCAGUUUUAAAAAGAAUACUUGGAAUGCCAGCCUCCACUUACCUUUUUUUAAGAAAAGAAAAGCUGAACAGAGUAAUGACGUCUGGAACGUUCACUCGAUUUUUUUGAAGUAUCUAGCAAUAAGUGUAAAACUAAUCAGGUAUUGCUGCCUCACAGUGAUACCAUUAAUAACAUUUCCUUUUAGCAGAGGUAUCGGUUACUUUUUGCAUUAGGGAACAGGGUUAUUGUGUUAUCAACUGAAAAUAACAAUUAGAUUAAAUGUUCAUAAAUCAUUAGGAUUCUUCAUUAAGUCUGAGCUAUUUACCCUUUCUAAUGGUUUUGUACUGUUAGGACUUAAGGCAAGGUUUUAUUUUUUUACUUUGUAAGAAGCUUUAGACCCUUUGUUUAAAAAGUUUUUUUGCAUGUUGUAAUGUUAAGAAAACAUUUUAUGCAGUGGUGUGAAGCAGAACGAUUAUUUAUUUAAAUUUCAGUUUUGGUAUUCUGCCCCGCUUUUGUGGAAAAGUGCAUUUUUUUUGGUGAGGGGGGGGAAGACGACAUGAAGUUUGAUAAAAUAGGAAGGUUUAAAAAACAUUGUUCUCCUACCCAACAAAAAAAUUAAAAUAUCAGAGCCAAUUAUCACUGCUUAGAUUACCUUUGAAAUUAUUGAAUGCUAAAACAUUGCCAUGGUGCUAAUAUCUUAUCCCUGCUGUGUUUAAUUUUCUUCUUCAAUGUGGAGGUUCAUAUCAGGGUUCAGAGAUGAAGUUUUAUUUGACACUUGUUAAUGCCAUUGGCUAAUAUUAUACCACUUAAAUGCUUCAAUGAUAAUUUAAAAAAAAACAUGUUGAGUCUUUCUAUUGCUGAAUUGUUGUGCAAACUUGUGUUAAGUGAGAUGUUAGGUGUUCUUUUCGUAGCUUAAUUUAUUAUCUGACUAUUUAUGGAAGUUGAAGUGUAACUUUUACCCCUCCCCUGAAACUUGCCACAUUCUCUAAAAGAAUCCAUAUCUAACAUUUUUCUUAGAAAACAAACACUGGUUUAAAUAUAUUAUUCAAGUUUGCAUUCAUCUUGGCAAAAUUCCAAGUUAAUUUCUUGUCUUGCCUAUAAAAUAUUGUGAGAGAGGACUACACUUUCAAACUUUGCACUUGUAAAAGUGUAUAGGAUCCUUUUCAGCCUUGUUUAUGUGAAAAAAGUCUUCAUCAGACUUUUUAAGACCUUUAUAUUUUAAGGAAUCCCACUAUGUAAAUGCUAUAAAAGUAACAUAAUUGUAUUUUGCAAAUUUUCUAGGACCAUAUGAUGUCCUCGUGCACUUUUUUAAAACCUUUUCUUGUGAACACAUUAAUGUGUAAACUAGACCGAAUGGAUUUGUCAAUUGCAAGGGUCUGUCUCAAAACAUCCUAAGCUUGUUAUUUUUGCAGUUAAAGGGCAACGCAGUUUAAACUAAGUUUUCCAACCAUUUUUCAGAAAAGGUGAAUAUUCCUUUUUUGAAAGAAAUCUUACUCUGGGGAAGAGGUCAGUUUUAAAAACCCAAGUUUCUCAACUACCAAAUAGGUCCCUUUGUGUUAUUGAACAAAGUAACCUUGAAAUUCUGCUUUGCAAACUUUGGCUACAAAUAUUUAUGAAAUUGCUUUAUCCACCGUUUUUAAUGGGGAUGUUCAACCAUUUAAAAUGGGAUCCCCCUUUAAAAAGGCAGAAUAAGGGGAUUUUAUUUAUACAUAUUAAAUAUUUGAAAGCUAAUAUUUCCACAGCAUGAUUUCAAGGGAGUCUGUUUUAUGGAUGUUGUUUUGUUGCAUUAGUGUUCUGUGUGAACAAUCUUGUUAUUUUGUCGGUCCCUAUACUUCCAAUGGCUCCAUGACUCGAGCCUUGUCCUUUGCUAGGAUACAAAUGAUAUCCACAUUAUGUGGUACAUUUGGGAAGAAAAAUAAUCUGAAUUUUGACGUUUAUUUCUGUACCCUAAACUGAUGACAUCCCCCUCCAUUUACACAAUUGUUUGGUAGAACGUGAUUUUUGCCCAGCAGUAUCAAUAUGAACAAAGUUUGCACAGGGCUUCAUUGCAUUUCUCAAACUAUUGUGUUUUGUAUGCAUUUUCCUUUAAAUGAUUUGGGUCAUGUCUUGCUGUGUGUGACCUCUUCAAUCAUCAUAUUUUGGCAAUCUCUUUUUUUUUAAAUGUUGUUUUGACCAGUAUUUUCUCUUCACUUGUAAGUCCAGGAACUGUGCAAAAACAUUCCACAUCAGGUAUCUUUUGUGAUCCAAUCCAUGGUUAGCUGCUAUCAUUGUGCGUAAGGAUUGGAAACCUCUUUCUUUCCUGAAUACUGUUUACAGUGCAAAAUGAAAGCCCAUAAUAAACCUCUUUCCCCACCUACCCCUCUUCCUGGCACCCCCCGCCCAAAAAAAAGGCAUCCUGUACUGAAUCAGCAUUCAACUCACUAUGACAGCAGCUAUGUAUAGAUUGGUGAAUAAGUGCAUAAUCUUGAGCAACCAGGCUAGGGAACCUAUUUUUACAUAAUACCUGGCUUUCAUGAUGGUGGCAUGUAAGUAGCACUGUGCUGUCAACAUAUUAUAUGAAGCCACAAAGUAAACGUAUUUUCAGUCUUCCUUUUAGGCACCACAGUUUUUGUUUUGCAGGAAGAGGAACCAAAGUAGUAGUGAUUUAAUUGUACUUUAGAACUGACGAAAUGAAUCCACAUUUUCCCAGUUACAAACCGAAGAACAAAAUUGGCAUAAGAUGUUAAAGCCUUUUGAGAUUUAUAUAAUACUGUUCCCAAGACAAAGGGUUAACAGUGUCAUUAUAAUUGUUCAGACAGGCAGUGACACGAUUGUCACAAUCCAAUCAAAGGCUUGUGAUCAUAUAUAGAACUGUGUGCCAAUAUGAAUCCCUAUCGUUAAAUAUCAAUGAUCUUCAUAGACAGUCUACUCUUGCUGGUUGUAUCACUGACUGAGACAUUGCAGUUUAAUUUUAGUUCUGGUCGGGUGGUAAGGGUGAAAAGCGGAGGAGUAUUUUACAUUGACUAUUCUCCAAUAUCUAAUGUUCCCCUUUUAAGCCACUUCCAGCAGGGGAAAAAAAAUGCACUUUUCAAAAAAAAGUUGCAAGUUACUAAAUAUUGUGAACAAAUGUGUUAUAAAUUGAGGCCCUGAUAUUUGUGCUAAGAGAAAAUGACUGACACAAAUUUGUGUAUAAUCUUUUUGCACUUGUAUUUUCAAAAAUCCAUUUCUCAUAAAUGAUGUGUUUUCCCUGUAUAUGAGUGGUAUAAUAA